AUGGAAAAGCAAGAAAAUCUACAGACCUCCAAUUGUAGCAGAUUACAACAGGUACAUGGGUGAUGUGGACCAAAUUCCUGCUACUCUCAAUCCAUAGUGUUUACAUCUUGGAGGGAUACAAAAUUCCCCACAAUGGUAAAGGCAAACGAAAGAGAGGCAUGCUAUUGUUUAAGCAAGAGCUUGUGAGAACCACUCCUACCAGAAACAAGGCAGCCAAAAGGCAAAGACAAAAUAUGCCCCCGGAAGAUUGUCUGGCAAAUGUGGGCCCACACUUACCCAUCAAGGGUGAAGGGAAUAGUCAUUGA